AAGCGAGCCCGCGCUACCCCAGAACAACUGGCCAUCCUCGAAGAAACUUUCAAAACCCAUCCGUCGCCCAACGCCCACCUGCGCGAACUGCUCUCGCAUAAAGUGCAAAUGAGCGAGCGGUCCGUGCAGAUCUGGUUCCAGAACCGGCGAGCGAAGGUAAAG